CUCCCUUUCAUUUUUUUGUUUUUUCACAAGGGAAAGGGCAAGGCCUUCUAGCCGUGGGAGUAAUUACAUUUUUGACCUUCUAAACUCCGAAAUCAACAACUCAAUGGCCGCCGUCUCUAGUUACGCUAGGGCAUUUCCGUCAUUCGAAUGUCGUUCGGAACCUGAUUUCUCCGGCAGCCUUCCACAUCCUAAAGCCGGCGUUCGAUUCUCCGGCAAGUAUAACUCCGGGAGUAACCGAUCUCAGGUUUAUGGUCUGUCUUCUCUGAUUUUCAGGUUUCCUCCUAAUUUCGUGAGGCAGCUAAGCAUUAAGGCUAGGAGGAAUUGCAGCAAUAUCGGCGUGGCUCAAGUUGUGGCGGCUUCCUGGUCUAACAACCAAGCCGGUCCUGAGUUCACUCCGGCGGCUAAUGCUGUCGAUUCUUCCGCUUCCGCUGCUGUUACUUCGAUUGGUAUCACCGCAGGUGACGAGGAGGUGGCGGUUGUGGAAAAUGCGGAUUGUAAUGAUCAAAAUGUACAAAUUAAGGGUUCGACAGGUGUUAAAUAUGCUUCAUUUUUGAAUUCAGAUGGAAGCGUUGCUAUUCAUGCCGGUGAAAGGUUGGGACGCGGUAUUGUUACUGAUGCCAUAACUACCCCAGUGGUUAACACAUCUGCUUACUUCUUCAACAAAACUUCUGACCUUAUUGAUUUUAAGGAGAAAAGACGUGCAAGUUUUGAAUAUGGCCGCUAUGGGAACCCCACUACUGUUGUUUUGGAGGAGAAAAUUAGUGCACUUGAGGGUGCUGAAUCAACCUUGAUAGUGGCAUCUGGAAUGUGUGCCAGUACUGUAAUGUUCCUGGCCUUGGUUCCUGCUGGUGGGCAUAUUGUUACUACCACAGACUGCUACAGGAAGACACGUGUUUUUAUUGAGACAAUACUGCCUAAAAUGGGAAUUACGGCCACAGUCAUUGAUCCAGCAGAUAUGGGAACUUUGGAGUUAACAUUAAAUCAGAAGAAAGUGGAUCUUUUCUUUACUGAGUCUCCAACAAAUCCAUUCCUGAGAUGUGUUGACAUUGAGCUGGUUUCAAAGCUUUGCCGUGAAAAAGGAGCUUUGGUUUGCAUAGAUGGGACGUUUGCAACUCCUCUUAACCAGAAGGCCCUUGCUCUAGGGGCUGACCUUGUUGUGCACUCUGCUACAAAAUUCCUUGGUGGGCACAAUGAUGUUCUUGCAGGUUGCAUUAGUGGUCCUGAAAAAUUAGUUUCAGUAAUCCGAAACUUGCAUCAUAUCCUUGGUGGUGCUCUCAAUCCUAAUGCUGCAUAUCUUAUCAUCCGAGGCAUGAAGACGCUGCAUCUUCGUGUACAGCAACAAAAUUCAACUGCAUUGAGGAUGGCCGAAAUUUUAGAGGCUCAUCCCAAGGUGAAACAUGUCUAUUAUCCAGGCUUGCCGAGUCAUCCGGAAUAUCAUCUUGCAAAGAAACAAAUGACUGGCUUUGGUGGUGUGGUCAGUUUUGAGGUUGAUGGAGACCUCCUAACUACUGCAAAAUUUGUGGAUGCUCUGAGGAUUCCCUAUAUUGCUCCAUCGUUUGGAGGUUGUGAGAGCAUUGUGGACCAACCAGCAAUAAUGUCUUAUUGGGAUCUUAGCCAAUCUGAUAGAGCAAAGUAUGGUAUCUUGGAUAACUUGGUUCGGUUUAGCUUUGGAGUGGAAGACUUUGACGAUGUGAAAGCUGAUGUUCUUCAGGCUUUGGAUUCCAUAUAGGCUGUUUCACCUGCAACAAUUUUUUUUCACGUGGUUCCAUCCUGAUUUGGUUGUUCGUACUUAUGUUAUUGCCGACUUCCAUCACGUAGCCAAUUGUUUGAAUGUAAUGAAAGGAUCAUCAAGUAGAUGAUUCAAUCCCUUAAAUUAUUUGGAUAUUCUCAUGUCGUUUUCCUUAACCUUUUAAUUUCUCCAAGGAUGAAUAUUCUCAUGUCGUUUAAAGAAUGCAUUUUAAAGAAAAAUGGCAAGGGGAGAAAA